CUCGAUGUCCGCAACAGUGUUUUGUGGAUGGGCCAGAGAGGGUACAGAGUCGCCUAGUAGCGGGCUGCAGUAGCGGGUUGCUCUAGGAAAACCAAUUCUCCUCUCUCUCUUUCUCUCUCUUUCUCUCUUUCCUGUUUUCACGGUUCUCCCUCUAUCUGUCCCUUUCUUCGUGCAUCGUACGGGGUCGUGGCAACCCCGCGCAACACCAGCAUAUCGACGCCCGUACAUUCUCCGUGCAUCAUCACCGAGAACAGAAAGAAGUAACGAGACAAAAAAGAUAUAUAAGAAGAUGCAACGUGCCUUCAAACCGGAGGAAGAAAGGGCGCGAUCGUGAAUAGGCCAGACGCGCCAUUUCGAACCGGCUGCCUCAUCGUCAGGUAGGCAGAGAGGAAGAGGAGACUGGAGGUGGACAAGUGGAAUUAAAGGGGGUGGGGAUGGAGCCGGAGCAACGUGGACGCACCUCGCGAGCGUCGUCGACGUCGAGCCUCGGUCGCGAGGUUCGUUGUGGCUGUCAGUACUACCAGAGCGACUCGCUUCUGCCGGAACGACGUGCUCUCCUCGGUAGACCGCCGUCCAGGACAAUGCAGCAGCCACCUGCGGUCCGCUGCAGUGAGCACGAGUACGAACCGAUCGCGGUGCCGUCGCCGUCGUCAAAGCCGGCGUCGGCGCCGGUCGUGCGAAUUACCGACACGGAUGUGGUGCCCGUCGCUGAUAGCGACGACAGCAUCGAUGACCGAGCACGCCUACCACCAGAACUAACACGAGCCGGCGAUGUAGUUCUCCCGUUGGAUGGCAAGAUAGAGGACACGGCGAUGGAGGGUCGUGAACUAGUGGAGACCGGUGACACUUCCGAGGAAGUGGAGACCCCGCAAGAGCUGCAAGAGCGAUUAGAGGAACGAUUUCUGAACGCUGCUACCCCGGGUGCCGAGUCCAGAACCGAUGGCGAGGUCAACACUAGCCAAGUAGACUCGUUGGCACUGGAGGAACUUCCACUUCGUCGUGGUGCCCGCGGUCUGCCCCAACGGUUAAAAACGCAGGCUGGCAAGUUACGUUCGCGUCUAAAGAACAUUCAACGACCCACGUUCGCUUUCGCUGAACGACAAAAGCAAGAAAAAGUUAGAUCGGCGAGCAGCGGCAGAUCAGACAGAUCCAAAUCUGAGAAAAGACCUAGCCGAAUGGACAGGAUACGAUCCUCGUUCUCCGAAAGGCCAAGAUUUAACUUACCCAGUCGACCAAAGUUCUCGUUGCCUGAUCGAUCAAAGUUCCACUUGCCAGAGCGACCAAAAUUCAAUUUCCCUGAAAGGGCCAAGUUUUACUUGCCUGAAAAGGCGAAGUUCACCAUUAAGAAACCUAACAUUCGUCUACCCAAUGCUUUAACUCGCAUGAAAAAGUCUCCUGUACACGAACAACGAUCUACUGAUUCAACGAUCGGUUCCCGAAAGAAUAUCUUCGACUUUUCUACUUAUCCACGAAUAUUUGACAAGAAGUCAAGGAACAGCGGUGAAUACGCGACCUCCACCCCUAAAGAUUCGAGAGCGCAAUCUACAGAGAGCUCAACGUUUCCACGAACUCGUAAAAAGAACAAUAGAUGGGCUGAGAGAUUUGACACUACAAUUGGUUACGUUGACGAAGACCAAUCAAACGGAGAAACUGCGGCGGAAAGAGCUCAACCCUGGCUGCACCCCUCUAGAGAGGAACCUCGAUUGUCUAUGAGCCAAGAGGAACCAAUUAUGAUACCUUGGGAAGAGAAACACAGGCAGGAAGAGCUUCAAUAUAUGGAUUACGAACAGGAAUCUCCGGAAACGUCUGAUCGACAACCGCAGCCAAGAGCAAAUGCUUCAAAAACGGAAGAGGAAUCUUAUGACAGAGAUAGAAUGGAAUCGAAUCCGCGAUUAUAUCAAAUUGAGAAGGAGGUAUAUCAGCGUGGUGCUGAAGAAGAUGAUAUGGAAGAAGGUCAAGAAGAAUGGAGGCCGGAACAAGAGAUGAUCAGAAAGGACUUCAGGCCCAUUCCGAGGUCUAGAUCUUUGGAAGAGGUUCUUUGUACUAGGGAAGAGGAAAGAUAUGAAGAAUCUUUUGCUGCGGUAGAUCCAAGAAGAUACGGAGUUCACAAGACACCGUCUGAAGAAGAAGAAUACGAGGAGGAAAUGGACGAGGAUGAAGAUGCUGAACCUUCAUCCGCCCAGUCGGACAGGGAGCAACAGCACUCGAGUACCAGCUCCUGUGACCGACGUCGGCGUGGAGUGAUCGAGGAGAUCGAUUCUGAUGAAUUCUUCCUUCGAGAAAGUGGACUUAGUCAAGAUGACAUGAAUCUUGGAAAAUAUUUGACUAGUGAAAUUAGAGACGCCCUGAGACCUGAAAGAAAUAUUUUGGCUGACCAGGACAUGGUACCUAUUCCUCCGCAACGUCCCAUGAGGAAGAGAUCGUUAAGAAAACAAAAAGAGAGUUCAGUGGAAUCGUAUGAUGUAAUGCCACCGAUUAGACCAAGGAGGGAUCCAAAUAGGGCACGUCGAAGCGAAUCUGCAGACGACCAAUUUCGUGAACGAACUAGAAGCGACUCUAGACACAGGGUGGUUUAUCAGACUGAAGGAAAGUCACCGGAACUUCCGCUAGAGCCAUUGGAUGACAUUGUGGUAGUAAAGCCUGCACGUAGGAAGUCUAGAUCCUCACAGCGUAGUCAGUCGCAACUUACAAUGGAAGUUCCCCGUCCACCAUCACCAGUACCACCUGUAGCACCCACUCGACGGAAACGACUAUGUAAGGAAUUCGAACGGAGGAAUGAUGAAAUGGCGCUUAUUUGUAACGGACAUACCGAUUGGACUGGUGAGUCUGGCCCUGAGAAACCUCUUCCUUUACCUUCUAAGAUGUCUACUGACCACUUUGUAGAGCAGGAAGUGUAUACAGCUGACGAAAUUAUGACAGCAAGCGAGGAAAAUAUUCAGAAACUGGCCACAAGACUUCAGGACGAAGAAUACAUGGAACCAACUCCUAUUCCACCAAAAAGAAGAUCUAGAUCUAGAGGAACUUCUGUUGCUCUCGAUGAAGAUAGAACAUCCCACGGUGCAGAAUCGUUACCUGAAACCGGUUACGAGGAAAAGGAUAUUCCACGGGACGAUGAGGAUCUUGGAAGAGAAUUAUCAGAUUAUGCGAUUAUCGAGAAACGAGAGAAACCACCAAGGCCACCACCUCCAAGAAGAAAGAGGGACAAAUUUGCUAGUACUCCUAGACCAGUCGCGCCUAAACGUCCUCAAAGAGCCUACAGUACCCUUGGUCCAGGAAGACCCAAGGAAGAUAAUAUAUUGACCGAUACAUAUGAUGUAACUCUGCAAGCAGCAGAAUCUACUCCAUACAUAGAAAUUGACUCUGAUGAUGGGGAACAUAAAGAUCUUCAUAGCAGCGAAGUCUUAAGUAAAAUACAAGGACGACCGCUUCCAGCACCACCCAGGCCACCUAGAUCUAGAAAGGAUAGAUCUCUAGAACGAUCUACUAUUGAAAGCCAAGAGGAAAUCGUUAUGGAAACAACUACUGCCACACAGACCGAUCCUUUGCCUGAUGAUGUGGUAAUAGAGGAGGAAGUGACUCAGGCGAAGCUGGUUGUGGCGCCAUCUAACUUAGGCUCACAAAUCAUGGUCUCAACAGAAAGAAUAUCAAGCCCAUCAAACAUGAGCACACCGCCUGUUCCUCCAUUGCCAGUCUCCCAAAGAUUACGCAAGGAAGAGCAACCUGAACCCUCUUAUGACACUGUAUCGUUGAAGUCUCCAUCGCCAACUCGAAAAAUGGAAGCUUACGGGGAUAGACAUUUAUCUGCACCUCAUCUGGGUGAACCAAUCCGUGACGAAGAAGUGCAUUUAAAGUCCAUUCAGUCCGCCCUGUUCUCGGAUGAACGUACGAGGAUCAGUAAUCUAGAGGUUGGAGACUUAAGAGUAAAUCGUCUUAGUGUUUCCCAAAUUGAAGCUGGUAAAAUUAUUGCGUCCGAAAUAGACGCGUUGGUUAUCACUGCAUCUGAAAUGAAGAACAUAGGAGAUGGUAUGGAGAACAAUUUGUCUCCUUCCAUUCUUAGAGAGUUGAUGGCCAUCAGGAGUUACUUGGAAACCGUGGCCGUCUCUAGACUACAAGAUCAAACAGAAGAAAGAAAAGCUAUCGAAACAGAAAUGAAGACAGACAUUCCCAUAGCAGAGAGACAAAGCAUCGAACAAGAAUCAGAUCAGGGGCUUAUUCAUCGAGAAGCUGGCGAAGAUGAGAAACCAAAGAGCGAGGAUCAAAAGGUUGUUAAAAGAGAAGUAACUGAAGCAACGGAUAUAUUAAACACACACACACUAUCGGUCGCGCAGGUAGAAGACAAAGAGUUGAUACAUAUACUAACAAUCUCGCAACUAGAACCGAGUGACAAAAAUACUCCUAGUACACAGUCAUUCUCUGACGUUCAGGAUACUCAAGAUAAGUCCUUACGAAUUCUAGAUUCAAAAACCCCCUUUUCACUGAGCCUGGGCACUGCUAAGGAGUUCAGCUUGGAAGAAUCCCUCGCUGCCCUCCCCCCAUCUGUAACAACCGUCAUGGAAGAGAGCGCAGAAUCAAGGCCAUCGCCAGAUCGUGUAUCCGAAGCUAGCAGCGAAUCAGCGGAGCCAAUCGCCGAUUUAAAACUGCCACGCUCUCAUGAAUUAGAACGAAAACACAAAGAAACAACAUUCGAAAUUAGCGAACAGAAGCCUCGAAAAUCGAGAUCCAGAUCACCAUCUCCUAUAAGUAUCUCUCGAACACGACAAACCGCUUCCCCAGUUCGGUCGCUACCACCCGCCAUAUCUGUGACACCAGACACCCCAGACAGUAACGCGAGUCAUGGCACAACCAGCGAGAUACAACCGCAACGUGCCGUAAUCUCUUAUACCGCAUACACGGAUCAAUCAGACAGAGAAAGCCAAAGAGAAUCGUCCCAAUCACCAAUACCCUCUUCCUUUCCAAUAGGAGGUACACAUCUUAUAGCGUUCCCAGCUUCGCAAAUUCCGACACAAUUCUUUUCCUUGACUAGUCAUCGUAUCGAUACCGAGCCAAAUAUUGCAGAUACUACGAGACAAUUGAUCAGGGUUCUUCGAUUGGCUGGUUUAAAAGCAAUGAGGCAUUUUGUAAAUUAUAUGAUAUCCAUGGUAGGCGUAGAAGAGUCGAGGGAAAAAAUCAGAGAAGUGGAACUAACGCUGUGCGCAUUAUUACUCCUGAUUGCAGGCUUGUUGAUAUUUUUCUUCAGCAAUCCACGAACGAUAACGCAUCAUCAUCAUUGGGACUACUUUAAUCCGCCGAAAUAACACAGUACAGUUGAUGUAAGAGUCGUCUCCAAGCAGAGCUAUAUUAUAUUACGUUCCUUUCGAUUGACCGUUGUUAGAAAAUAAUUUUAUAUACUUAUAAUGGGCAUUCUAUAUUUAUGAGCGAAGAAUAGUGGAAGAAAAGACCUAAUACUUGCAGUAGCGUAAAAAAUAAUAAAUAGGUUUAUGUAUUUAAAACCAGUAAAAAUUUGUUCAGGCAGUUGCGUAAUUACAUCUGUCCUCUGAUACAUAUAGUCGAUUGUUAUACGUUUGUUACAUUUUGAACAAAUAUGUAUGAGUUAUAACGGAUCAUUAAUUGAUAAAUUGAACAGUUUUUAUUAGCUAAAAAUUCAUUUUGUUGACUAAUAGGUAUAAAAGAA